AAAAGUGAAUGAGAGCAUCUGAUAAUGGAGUUUAUAUAUAAGGAGAAGAAGCUGGCAUGAGUUUGGUAAUAACUACAAAGUUUUCUUCCAAGAAAAGAGAGAAACCAAACACCAAGUGGGGAACCUCGAAGCUAGUUCAAACUAGUGGGAGGUUGAUCCACGUAAGUUCUACUUCAAAACAAAAUCCAAAUCCAAAUUUAAAAACAAAUCCAAGCGUUACACCUUCAGAUAGAGAUGGCUCGUGGAAAGAUUCAGCUGAAAAGGAUCGAGAACCCGGUUCACAGACAAGUGACUUUUUGCAAGAGGAGAACCGGCCUUCUCAAGAAGGCUAAGGAGCUCUCUGUGCUCUGCGAUGCCGAGAUUGGUGUUGUGAUUUUUUCUCCGCAGGGCAAGCUCUUUGAACUUGCUACUAAAGGAACAAUGGAAGGGAUCAUUGAUAAGUACAUGAAGUGUACCGGUGGUGGUCGUGGUUCUUCUUCUGCUACUUUUACUGCUCAAGAACAACUUCAACCCCCAAAUCUUGAUCCGAAAGGUGAGGUAAAUGUGCUCAAGCAAGAGAUUGAGAUGCUUCAGAAAGGAAUAAGGUAUAUGUUUGGAGGAGGAGAUGGGGCAAUGAAUCUUGAAGAACUUCUUCUGCUUGAGAAGCAUCUUGAGUAUUGGAUUUCUCAUAUCCGCUCUGCUAAGAUGGAGGUUAUGCUUCAAGAAAUUCAGUCAUUGAGGAACAAGGAAGGAGUCCUCAAAAAUGCCAACAAGUAUCUCCUCGAAAAGAUAGAGGAGAACAACAAUAGCAUAUUAGCUGCUAACUUCCCAACUGUGGAGACUAACUAUUCAUAUCCGCUAACCAUGCCAAGUGAAAUAUUUCAGUUCUAGACCAUAAGAUAUUUGAAGACUAUGUCCUACAAAUUCAAAUAAUCUUGGUAAGUAUAAUUAGUGCUGUUAUAUCACACAUAAUUAUAAUAAAGCCUGUGGAACUUUGCGAGGCUGUUGAAAACCCUAUUUGUAACUUUUUUUUUCCUCUUGUUUUUAAUUUGUUGGUGUGAGCAAUGAAAUGACUACAAGUGUGGUGUGUACUUAAACUCAUGCUAUCUAUGUUUGGAUUUUAUGGAUUAUAUGGUUUGGGUUUAACUGAGGAUGCCUAGCCUCUUUUUUUCAUUGUAUUUACAUUGUUAUCUGUGAAAAUGCUAUCGAUGGAUAAG